UGGAAGUGUAACAAUCAGCUGAUACAAGCGGCUUGCGAAUAAUUGCGAAAACCUUAGUUAUCAAAUAAUAUUUUCUUUGAAAAUGGCUGAAGCCAAUGCAGUUGCCGCGACUGACGGCGAAGAAAAAAAACUUUCAGAUAUUUUUUUAAGUGGCUGGAAUCUCUUCGACGAGCUCGAGGUUACCGAGCUACCUUUCAAUGGCAUUCCAUUUCAGAACAAAGUGAAGGAAGCAAUGGGCUAUUUUGAACAAGCGACUGUUAUUGUCAACCAAGUGGGCAUGUUCAGUCCCAACGAACUGAUUGACGAGGUAUCUACGGACUCGUUACCCUUCAUGCUAUUGCCAUAUUUCUUGGGUAAGCUUACCACGAAGAUAAACAAUCCACAUGGUACAGAAGCUAUAGAGCUGGGUGAAGUCUAUUUUGGAGAUCAUCUACAACGCUGCCAAGAGUACGAGCUCUGUGAACCGCCCAAGAGCAAGUCGCAGCAGGACAACAAAACGGAUGCUGCACAGCAGAAAAGCGAACAACGCGAAUUAAUUGAAGCUGCAUACAAUCGCAAUGAUAAAAUUGCACAAUAUCGUAAGGUGAAGGAAAUUGACGAGUAUAUGUAUCGCAUGCGUGAUGCUGUUAAGAACAAAACGGCCGAUGAGGAAGUGCGUCGUGAAUUCUUUUUGAAAUAUUUGGAUAAGAGUAUUAUAGAUGCUAAGCAGGAGUUGGAAAACCUUCGUAUGAUGAAAGAAAUGGUUAAGAUGCGUCUAACACGCAUGAAGGCCGGAGAGCAGAAGUCGUUUGAAAACUCUACUGCAGAUCAGCAGACGAAUGCUCAUGACCAUGGACAUAAGCAUGGACAUUCUCAUGGACAUCAGCAUCAUCAUCAUGCGGAAGCGAAGACAAAACCGCUUCAACCAUUUAUUAUAACACGAAAUGCUACACAGAAGGCAGUCUUCGGUUUAGGUUAUCCCAGUGUUCCGGUCAUGACCGUCGACGAGUUUUAUCAACAGCGGGUUGACGAAGGCAUUUUUCCCGACGAACAAAAAAUGGCAAAAAUAAAUCAGGAAAAAGCCAUUGCAGCCGCACUAGAUCCCAACGAGCAAGAAGACCAAGAGAAUGCAGCUAUAGAACUUCAAGUAGAAGAUGAUGAUCCAGAGUAUUUAGCGCGUAUGCGACGCAUGGACGAAUACAAGGAUGUUGUCCGCCGUGGAGAUGGAAACCGUCAUAAUCGUAGUUAAACUACUAAUCAACUCAUUGAUAUACAUAAAAAAUUAGGUAUUUUUUAUUUUUAUAUAUACAAAACAAAUAAAGGAGUCAUUUUCAACGUUUUAAAUCCAGAAA